GAAACCAGAAGAAGAAGAAGAAGAAGAAGAAGAAGAAGACGCAACUGGAUCACAAAAAAUGGCUCAGCCUGAAUCGAACCAAUCCCAAAGCACCCCGGAGAUCGAUUCCGCCACAGCUUUACAACAAUAUUUCGAUCGCAUCCCCGUCAGUUCCAUCUCCGGCAUCAAAUCCGCCCUCGUCUUGGAAGUGAAGACUGGGGACUGUGUUAAGGAUGCAAUAAGGGUUAUGUUUAAGAAGAAUGUGGAUUGUGCUCUCAUAGCCGAUGUCACCAGCGAGGGAUUUCCCGAUCGGUUCAUUGGCUUUGUCCAUCUCUCAAGCUUGCUUCUAUGGUGUAUUCAGGAGAUUGGGAAGUUGGAGGAUGAAAUCAAAUGCAUUCAAGCAGAGGAAACUCAAGAGAAUGUUCGUGGGAUUCUGAGUUUUCUUGAACAGAAUCCACAUAUUGGCCAAACCAAGGUGGGUGAGUUAGGGAAGACAUUUUUGUGGGAUCCUUAUUUCCCAGUAGGGAUGAGGGAUACACUUUUCCAUGUUCUGCUAUUGCUUUCAAAGCAUCGGUUGCAGGCUGUUCCUGUAGUUCAGCUCUGCAAUUCUCACGUCGUUGGUUUCAUUACAAAGAAUGCAGUAAUUCAUAUGCUUCUGGAAUCAAGUGGCUUGGAGUGGUUUGACAGCAUAGUGGACAAAGUUAUAUCGAAGUUUCGGUUUCAUAAUGAAGAGAAUGUUCUUCACGUCUAUGGCGAUCAAAACAUUAUGGAAGCCUUUCAUUUACUAUGGGAGAAACAAAUGGGUGCAGUUGCUGUAACAGAUAGGGAAAGUAAGAGCCUCAUUGGUUGUUUGAGGAACAGCGACACAUAUCUUCUAUUGGAGAAGGAAGAUCUAUUUCAUAAUAGAAAGAGGCUAACAGUGAAGGAGUUCAUGCAUAUGGAAUCGAGUAAAGAACAAGCAGACUCUAACCCAACAGUCAAAGGGGGCCAGAGGGCACUUACCUUGUCGAGCGCUCGUCCUCUAGUUAAGUGCAAAGUUCCAAAUAUGCACACUCCAGUCACCAUCAGGAGAGAUGACACUCUGAAGCAAGUGAUGAAAACUAUGGCAGAAACAAAUAGCAGUUUCAGCUUUCUUGUCAAUAGUUCCCACCAAGCAACAGGGAUACUCACCGUGGGAGACGUAAUAACUCAGUUUGCUCCGCCCUGUAUGGAUUCAACCAUUCAAGGAGGCGGUUUUUUUGAAUCUGCUCUGGAACAUACUGGCUGUCAGAUUAGAAAUGGAACCUUAAUUUGUAACAAAAGAUCUUAGAUAAUGAGCUGAGUUUAACCAUCUGAG